CCGAUUUUGACCAUCUGUCUGUCCAUGCCAUAGCAUACACUAUCCAUGCCUAAUUAUGGGCCUCGGGUCUAUAUUCAAGAGGUCACUUUCAGUGACCCAGCCGGACGAUGAUGGCAUCACCGUCAAGCUCAUGAUGCCGAAUAAUGGACAGGUCAUUGUCGCUCCGCAUUCAACCUCGGUGUACAAGGAGGAUGCCCAGGGAUGUCACAAUGAGGCAUACUCGGAAAUGACCACGUUCCAUGGCGAAGCUGAGAUCACGUUGCCUCCUGGAACGGGCAAGAGGCUAGUCAAGGGGAUCAGAGCAGUCAUGAGAGCCUUCUCUACGAUUGACUUUGGAGGAGACCGAGGCGUAGAAACGGAUCUGUUUUACGAAAACGAGGUGAGGCCAGACAUACCGAGUGAAAAUCUGGUAUUAGAGGAAGGAGUGAAUCAUGCGUUCCUUACAUUUGAAUACUGUGCCUUGUUCCCCGCUACCGACACCUUUGUCCAAUGCCCAUCCGUGACAUGGGUGCUUUACGUCCAAUUCAUCGGGAUACGUCCCACAGAUGAGCAACUGGAUCUGCCUAGUCACCUGUCUCUGAAUGCCUAUGGGCAGAUCGACCGUACGACCCCUUUCCCAGCUGUCGAUGAAGCGGUCGCGCCUUUGGCCAGGACAGUUACCGGCAUGGCAUACAUUGAAUUCAUUCAUCAUCCAAGUUUGGACGGCACGGGGAACAGAUUAGACGACCGGGGGACAGCUUUUGCCCCCGAGAUUGGCGUAGUUGAGACCAUGUGCGCAUCCAACGACUUUACCGUUGCUGGUCCUUUCACCGCCAAAAUACAAGUGACAGGCGCCUCUGAUAAGGUCAGUUUCUAUGCGGCACGUUUGUCUGUACUACAGACCGUGGUCUGUCAUUCCCCGAAGGAUCAGGAAAAAGUCAAGUCGGAGCAGAUUGUGCGCUUCGCCGAACAUGGCGAAACAGACUCGGAACAGCCUCUAUGGAAGGGUACAGAAGCGAAGGAUGAUGUUGACCGCAAUUGGUCUCUUGAGAUGAGCGGGAGAUUCCCCCAUUCAUCCCAAAUUCGACCAUCCACGUUACCAGGAAUAUCUACACCUGUCAGCGUGGUUCACUACCUCGUAUACGACUUGUUCUUCACUGUCAUCGGACGCGACGGAUAUGGCAAGCCGUAUGAUGGACCGGGUAAGAUGCAAAGGUUUCGACGAAGAUCCCGUGUCGUCAUACCGCACUGCGCUCUCACGUCCGGCCGAGACUCUCUUCCUACCUACGAAGAUCUCACAUCGCAAACCAUUCUCUCAACCUAUCGGGACGAAGUUUGUCCCUCAUGCCAUCGUCUUGCAUCCCAGGUCAUCUGCAGGACUUGCGAGGGAAGGGUCAUACCUCACACGAAGCUGGAAGCUGGAACUGGCCCUGAUGACCCCUGUCCAGACUGUAGAGAUAAGAAGCUCAAGCCGAAGCCCGCAACGGACCAUUAUUCUCAAGGACAUUGUGCCUGUACCGAGUGGUGCAAGAAGUACCGUAAUCCGGAUCAAAAUGACGUCCGGGAGUUCACUGAGCAGGUGACGGAUGUGGAGGAGAAGAAGGAUCGAACCUUUGCCUCCAAGAUCCAGGACGAAUGGGACUCAACGAUGCCUAAUGGCAAGCGAAAUUAAGGGGGACUGUGUCAUUCAUGCCACCUUCGCCUCGCUGUAUGUACUACUACAAUGGUCGAUUGUUCUUGCUGUGUGUGUGUGCUCAACUCGAGGCUUGAUGGAGCUCCCUCAAAACCUCGUCAGCACUUGUAGAUCUACGUUGUUGUAUAGUUGCCCCGCAUGCAUUGCAUUGUUGCUGUC